GUCUUCUGGUGAUUGUGAUGUUAUGAGCCAUCAUUGAAAAGCUCAAAUUUUUGAUUUAGACAAUGGAAAGUACAAUACAAAAUCUCUUGGAAAAACUGAGAUCUCUUGUGGGGACGAGAGGUUGGGAUUACUGCGUUCUAUGGAAGCUGAGUGACGAUCAAAGGUUUGUGAAGUGGUUGGGUUGUUGUUGCGGCGGAGCAGAAGAGAUCAUCAGUAACUUCGACGGCAAUGACAAUGGCGGAGAAGGGUUUUGUUUCUCGAGCGGUGUGCCCUCACGUUGUAGGGAUGUUAUGUUUCAUCAUCCAAGGACCAAAUCUUGUGAACUUUUGGCUAAUCUUCCUGUUUCAAUCCCUCUCGAAUCCGGGAUUCAUACAGAGACUCUGGUGUCAAACCAAACCGCUUGGUUAAACUUCUCAGACAGGUCGGAGCCAGAGUUUCUGCAGGAAACAACCUGCACCAGGGUUCUGAUCCCAAUGCCAGGUGGGUUGGUCGAGCUAUUUGUGACCAGACAAGUGUCUGAAGAUCAACACAUUGUAGAUUUCGUAAUGAGAGAAUGCAACUUCUUGUUGGAUCACACAUCGAUCGGGGCAUUGUCGAUGAAUAUGAUGGGAGCAGAGAAGGUUGAAUCCAAGCCAUAUGAAAUAUCCGAAGGAUUCGAACAUAAAGGAGCUAAGGAGGAUAUGAAUCUUUCUUUUGUGCAGUUGGGCGAGUACGAGGUCGAACACAUCAAGUUGAAGAACGAUUAUCAGGAAUUAGGGUUCCUCCCGGAGAAUAAGCAUAUGGGUAUGAACCCGUUUAACUUGGUGGUUGCAGAAGAUGAGAUUAUUGGCAUGGAAGCUCUGCACAACUCCAUGGGAGUUGGUGCGGUGGAUAUGCAUAACGUCGAGGGUUGUGACCCUAGCUUACAGGUCAAGGAACAAGACGACAAGGAAACUUUCAGCCAUGAGAAUGGGAGGCUGGAAUUGGGCUCGGAUUGCAGUGAUCAGAUGGAUGAUGAGGAUGAUGCCAAGUUUAAGCAAGAAAAAAUAGGAAAAGGGUCUCAGGCCAAGAACCUGAUGGCUGAGAGGAGGAGAAGAAAGAAGCUAAACGAUAGGCUCUAUACUCUUCGCUCAUUGGUUCCAAAGAUAUCUAAGUUGGACAGGGCGUCGAUUCUCGAGGAUGCGAUAAACUUUGUGAAGGAGCUGCAGAAUGAGGCAAAGGAGCUACAAGAGGAGCUUGAAGAUAAUUUGGACACUAAUGAUGGAUCCAAUAGACACAAUGGGGAUGUUGCCAUUGGAGGUAACAAUGAUCUGGUAAAAGGCUUUCACUCUGGUCUCUCAUGCAACACCACCAAUGUCCCAAAUCUAAAACAAGAUAUGGAUCCUAAUCAGAGUUCCAACGAGAAAGAACAGAAAAUGGAGCCACAGGUGGAUGUAGCUCAGGUAGAUAGAAAGGAGUUUUUUGUGAAGGUGAUAUGCGAAUACAAAUCGGGCAUAUUCACAAAGUUAAUAGAGGCCAUGGAUUCUUUAGGGUUCGAGGUCACAAAUGCAAACACAACUCGCUUACUCGGUCUUGUCUCAAAUGUCUUCAAAGUUAAGAGGAAAGAUAGUGAGAUGGUGCAAGCGGAGCAUGUGAGAGACUCGUUGCUGGAAAUAACUAGAAACACAUCCCGAGGAUGGCAUGGUGGUGGUGAUGAUGAUGAUCAUAUAGGGUUUCACUGGGCGGAGGAUGGGUUCGAGGAAACGGCUAAUACGCAGGAUUUGAAGGUCACCAUUGAUGAGAUCUCCGAGCUCAUGAACAACGUGAGACUCCGACAGAACGACAAGAAGAAUCAGAGGCCUCGCCUCCUGGAGAAGAGGAAGCUUGGUGAGUCAACUGUUCAAGAUUUGGAAAUCCAUGGCGGGAAGCAUGAUGAUACUCUUGUCGGAAACUUUGCGAGGAAAGAUUCAGAAAAACCCAACAGAAUCUCGGAGAAUUCUGACAUAUUCACAGAAGCCAUGGCAAAUUAUCUAAAGCAUGUGAUCAAUGUAUCGAAUAUAUAAAUUAUAAUAUGCCAAAGA